CCCCAUGUGGGCCAUGGAGCUCAAACCCAGGUUAUCAGCCUUGGUAGCAAGUGUCCUGCCUGCUGAGCCGUCUCUAAACCUAGUCCUGUGACAGUUACUUUUGAAAUGUGUUUGAUGAGUACAUUAGCAGUGACUGUGACAUGUUGGGAAGCUGGGUUUAUGGGGGUGACACGAGGCUGGUGUCCCCUUUUCCUUCCCUACUUCCGAGCUCUCUUCCUUCAUACCCAGCUUUGCAGUCUCCACACUACGCAGGACCCCCUUGCUCUUCCAUUCCUGAGAAUGCAUGUCCACCCCCUUCUUCUCAUCCCCUCUAGGCCACAUGGAACUUGCUGGCUCCCAGGUGGGCCUGUGGGCAAAAUUCUGACCCCUGACAGCAAGGUGCCUUAGAGUUGUAGCCAGGUCUCUAAAGGGCCUCUGGUUCUGUCAUCUGCCUUCAGUGGGAGCCAUAUGUGGGAAGAAAACACAAGCUGGAGAAGAAAGAGGAAGUGGGGGGUUGUGAGUGGUGCUGAGGAGAACUGAGCAUAUUCUUACUUCACUAUGGUUCCUUCCUGGACUUUCUCAAAGUUUCUCACUCCGGUCUUUAAGGUAGGAUAUUGCAGCAUCUCUGUGAGCCUUAAUCUAGUUCAGUUCAGAAGCCUAGAACUAGAGCCUGUGAAGGAGGAGCCACAGGGCCGCACAGGCAUUGUUCAGCUUCCCUCUUGUCCUCCAAGUUCCCGGCUUCCUCAGCAGUUCACCCUGCACUGGCUGUGGGGGCUGCCUGGACCCUGCCCUGACCUGGUCUCCUCUCCUCAGAGCAUCCCUACCUCCUUCCCUGUUUGCUCCCCUACAGCUCGAGAAGAGGACCUAUGGCCUGGGAGGCCACAUACCUGCUAUCCCCCAUCCUGCUGGUGCUCCUGGCCUCAGGUUGUUGCGCAGAAGAUGCAGAGUUAUAUCAAAAAGUGGAGGGCCAGACAUUUUCUGUGAAAUGCCAGUAUGAUCACAGCCAAUACGUCAACAUGAUGAAGGUGUGGUGUCAGCAAACAUCAGCAGAAAGUUGUAAAGUGUUAGUGUCCAGUCUCAGCACAAAUUCUCGGUGGUCAAAAUUCACCAUCCGGGACCAUCCUGCCUCUCGCUUCUUCACUGUCACCAUGGUUGCACUCACAGUGGGAGACUCGGGUCUCUACUAUUGUGGGAUCCGUGACAAUGGCGGAGCAAUCGGUGUUCUCAGAACCAUCCGCCUGGUGGUGUCAAGAGAUCAUUCAAAUACUACAGCCUCUGCCAUGAUUCCGACUUGGACAAGAACUGAAGCUCUGCCCUUUAAUACCACAAAAGACCUGAGCACUGUCUUUGCCAGGGUCUCCAUUUCCAACAUGGUUGUUCUCAUGGUCUGUGGACUCCUCAGUAAGACCCUUAUCUUCACUGUCUUGUUUGCUGUCACAUGGAGGUCAUUUGGAGGACAGACAAUGACAACACAACUGUGACAUGAAUUUCAGCUGUGUCUAUCUCACAGGAGGAGCUGGAGGUGGGUGGAGCUAAGGAGGAACUGUGACAGAAUUGAGUCUGUAAUCAUGGGUGACAUCUAAGUCUCAGAAUGUCCCCCGCUGGCCCUGCCCUUUCUCCACAGUCCAUCCAUCAUCUUGGGUAUGCACUCUGUAACCUCAGAAGACAGGAACCAAUGCCCAGCACCUCUGGCCAUUCUGCCUGAAUUGAUGAGUUGGACUCAAAAAAAAAAAAAUUACCGCUGUGCUCCUCCCUGUCACCUUUCAUGGGAGUCAUGAGAUUACGAGUGACCGCUGCUAUUCCAGCCCCUUGUCCUUGCCUUAGGCAGCACAAAUCUAGCCACCUAAGCAGGCCCUUACUUAUGAAGCAGCCUGCUCUCCCAGCAACUAGGGUCUUCCUCUCUGGAAAUCAGGCACUCAGAUUGGUCUUCCUCUGUGGUCCUCUGAGCACUCCCAACCAUGGACCUAGAAGACAAGAUCCCUUCUUGAGGAUUAUGCAACUGGGAAAGAGAAAUCAAGUUAAGCUGGAUGCUGUUGUCUGGGAAACUCUCGGAGGCAGAGAUGGCAUUCGUAAGAUGAGAUCAGUAAAUGCAUCAACAUACAUCAA